UAUCGCCGAUGUAAAAUGGUGUCACGACUGAGAUUCUUCAAUUUAGCCAUAUCGAUAGCAUUCGGAAUAAUCGGCGGGGCUAUUGCUCGAUCUCCUCAGAGGAUUGUCCAUGGGAAAGACAUCAGUAUCGGGGAGUUUCCCUCGACAGUAGUUUUGCAGCGAUUAUCAGGGAAACAUCUCUGCGGAGGAACGCUCAUUAGCUUCAAGCAUGUGUUAACGGCUGCUCAUUGCUUCACCCGUGGCUCUAAACCCGUGGGCAAUUUUGAUGUAGCACCUGCUUCAGGAAUAAAAAUAAUUCCCGGUCAUGACCAGUUAACCGACAGUAAUAACUUGAAAUAUUACCUCGCUAGUCAUAUCGAUAUACAUCCGCAGUGGCAAGGAGAAAUCGAUGAUAGAAAUUCAGAGGCAGAUCUCGCGGUCGUGACGCUCCAAACUGAAAUUUCGGAGAACGAAUUCCAAAAAAUUUCUCCACUACCAAGUACCAUCUUUGAACCCGAUACUCUAGCUACAGCCGUUGGCUGGGGACUGACAGAUGAAAAGGAAUCGGGUUUACCAUCUAAAAAUCUCCAGGGAAUCAGUCUCAAAGUUCUUGACACUAAUUUCUGUAAAGCCCAUCGGGAUCCAUUCCUUCCAAAUAACGUAAUCUGUGCGGAGGGGAGUAAUCGUAAAGCUUCCAUUUGUACUGGCGACAGUGGUGGUCCUCUCUACAACACUAAAAAAGAAGUUAUCGGAGUGAUUUCCUACAGUUAUGAAUGCACUGGUGAUUUCGCAAGUGUUUUUACCGAUGUCUUUGCAUACAAACAAUGGAUUGAACAUAUUAAAAAUCAUUAA